CCGCAAGGCAAGUUGAGGUAUUGACAAGAAUGUAAACAUUUUCUGAUCAACUGCUGCUUCCUUAAUCCUAGGAAAUAACUCGGUUUGGCUUUACAGCUGCCAUCAUGUCAUUCAGUACAUCAGAAGAUGACUUGGGAGUACUGAAAGAAAAACACCACAGGUUAACGGUGAAGUCAGUGGCCAGAUAUGCCUUGGUUUUUAUGCUGGUGGCUGUAAUGGUGGCUUCCUUGACAACUUUUGUUGUUGGGAUUUUUACACUGGAGGCAGAGUAUGGAAGUAGGGUGGUGUCUGGUCUCUUGGGAGAGGGGAUGUACCAGGUGGACUCGCUUAUGAUGCUGUCAGCAGGGGCAGGGGCUAUUCUCGUGUCUACGCUUGGACUUUGUGGGGUUCUCUGUAAGAAUAAGUGCAUGCUGGGACUGCACCUUGGAAUCCUAGCUUUCCUCUCAAUAACAUUACUGGUAGCAGGGGUUUUGGGUUAUAUUUUCAUAUCAGAGUUGGAAGAUACUGCCAAGAAAUCAAUGAUAGAGGCCAUCACAUAUAAAUAUGGAGUGAACACAGAUAGGAAUAAAAAACAUUCUGCUAUCACAAGUAGCUGGGACAGUGUUCAAAGAUCUUUUGAGUGCUGUGGGCCGUAUGGUGACGAGAACAGUACCACCUCAUGGUAUGCCUACAGAGAUUCCAGUUACUGGUACAAGGACAAGUUUUCAAAUGGAAGCCUGGUGCCUAAGAGCUGCUGUGAACCCUCCAGUGACAUGGAAAGAUGUCAAGGACUAGUGCCAUCAAAUGCUCCCCCUUCUCAGCAGCCACCUGUGCUGAACAAACCUGUCAAUUAUACUCUAUACACUACAGGAUGUUAUGACAAACUUCAAGGAUAUAUCCAGCAGAAUGGAAUAAUCAUUGGUACAGCAGCUAUUGUUACCGCUGUCUUCAUGAUAGUGGAGAUGAUUCUAGGAAUAAUUGUCCAUCGGUCCACCUGAGCCAUCUGUACCAGUAAUUUCCUCGGGCAUUGUUAGUUGCUGGCAACUACAGUCAGUUGAGUCCAAGAUUGUUUUAUACACAUUCCUGUUCUUUAUUUCCAUCUGUGAUAGACUUUUAAAAUUAAGCACUUUGUAAUAGUAUACAGCACUUGAUUCAAAGAUGUUUUAAACUUUGAAAUUACAGAAAAUGUCAUCAUUUUCACAGUAACUAUACUCCCUAACAAGAAAUAUUUUGGAAGUUUUUAAAAAUUGCUUGUGGUCAUAGAUAUGUUGGGUAGUGAUCUGCUUAAUACAUGUACACAAUAGUAAAUUAUUUUCAUAAUGGUCAUAUUGCAUUAACAAUUUAAAUUUGAUUUCCUUUUAUUUCCCCCAGCAGAAAAAUUAUUCUGGUUUCCAGAACCCCCCCCCCCCAAUAAAUAAAUAAAUAAAUAAAUGAAUGAAAAAACAAAGUGAUACAUUCCAAUAUGUAAAUCUUGAACUUUUUAUUUUUCCAGAUGUAUAUGUAUUUAUUUUUCCUGUAUGUAAAUCAUGUUGUAUAUGUAUUCCACCAGUAGUCAGUUUAAAUUUUAUUUCUGUAAAAGCUAAAUAUUUUUAUGCAGAGAAAGUGUACAUUGCCUCUUUCAUCCUCAAUUCAAUGAUUUCGUGUUGAUAAGGUUAUUUAAAGAGAAAAAACAAAGAUGAUAAAAAAUGUGUACAAGUAUGAAUAAUCAUUGUUGUCAAUUUUAAAUGAAUAUGAUUAUUGCAACAAGAGGAAUGUUAUACCUUUAAAAUUUGUUUCCUAUAUAAAUCUUCACUAAAAAAAAAAGUCUAGCAUUUCCAAUGUUUCAAUAAGUGGUCCAAAAAAAUUGAUUUUGGACCACUGAGUGAGAUAUUGGACCUGCUGAUGAGAUAUUGAACCACUAUGACAUUUUUUUAUGUCACACACACACAGAUAUAUCUUAUUUGCAUUCUGACAUUGGUGUUCGACAGUUAUGGAAUUGAUUAAAUCCGCGGUGUGGGUAAACAAAAUUUACAUCAAUUAUUGCAAACAUGGAAGCCAGUGAAAGAUAUAUCACAAUAAAAACUAAAGGUAUAACAAAACAUUUAUUGACUAUGUUCUCAGGAAAAAUGAGUUUUGUCGACCCCUCGAACCAAACUGUUUGCCUUUGGUUUAAUGGCCUCAGGCAAACAAUUUGGUUUUGGGGUCCCACAAAACAUAUGUUGCCCUCGAACCCAUUCAGUAAAUGUUUAUUUUUACAUUUUCCACAAUUUAGAAAUUUACUCGAAGUACUUUUCUGAUGCCUGCUAUUGUACCACAAGUUUUGGAACUUUAGAUCCAUAAUUUUUAAAAAUAUAUAUUUUCAUCGAGAUUAUGCUACAUCUUUGUAUUUAAUUUAUAGCUGUGUUUUUUUCAUAAACUAAAGUUGUGUAAAUUAUUUAUUCAUAUUUUGA